CAAGGGCCGCCGCCCCCUAUCCAAUCGCUGCCGCUGAACGGAGAAGCAUGCCGCUGAGCGCUGCCGCUGAACGGAGAAGCAUGCCGCUGAGCGUUUCCGCCGAACCCGAAAGAGCAUGUUGGAGUGCCGUCUUCUGCUCUCUGCAGGCCUGCAUCUCUGAGCCCAUUAGAUUUAUUCAUUACGGGACUCUCGAUGUUGUUCGACGGCUUUUUUUUAGUAGAGGUGUAAGGGAAAGGGAAAGGGCAAGGGGAACGGGAACGGGAGAAGAAACUGCCAAUCCUGCUGAUGAGCAAACGGGAGACAAAAACUCUCCUGCUGCAGAUGAUGAUUACAGCGAGCAGCUUGCUGAAUACGGCCACAAUAGUGAUCGCUACGAUGGCAGUAACUGUGGCGACUACUAUGACACAGAUGGCGACUGGUCUGAGAUCGGUGGAUAUGAAGAGUACUACAGAAAGGAUAUUCCACCGAGUCUCAAAAUUGGCUAUGACGGAGACAGCAUUAAUCUAUCGAUGGCUUACAGCUUAUCUCGGGACUUGGUGGAGCUGUUAUCUGUGCGUCCCCGAUUUCCCUUCGUGGGCACCUUCGUUGCUUUCAACGAUCGUUCCCAUUACUACUGCAACUCGGAGAAUGGACCACUUCAUCGUAAUGUUGAUUCACAGGGUAAUUUGAUUCUCAGGGCAGAAGGGGCGGCGCUUGAGGACUAUGUCCGCAUUAAAGUUGAAAUCCCAGAGGAUGAUAACCGGAUUGACACUGCAAACUACGUCUUCUAUGUGGACCCAUACUUCUGUAACAAUGUCAUUGUCCACACAAUGCCAACAAGAUAUGGCCGUGAUAUAGACGUGUUUUUCGUGCCGAUGUAUCGUGCUAUACAGGCCAGAUUGUGCGUCAACCUUGAUCUCACAUCUGGCAGUGGCUGUAGCUAUGCAUAUGGCGAAAUCACAGCGCACCAUGAGUUCUACGGCGACUUCAAUGUCCUGCUUUUCCAGUGUGGAGAAGAUGAUAUGGCAGAGGUUGUCGAUGGCACACUUCCAUUGUUGCGGACUUGGGCAGCUGUUCCGAUAUACUUACAGCCCCUCUUGAUAAUCAAGCUGAACCUUAGCGUUUUUACUAAUUCUGACCAUGUUAAUGACGGUCAUGCCAUCUCCUUCCAAGGUGAUCUUACCUUCUACCAUGAUCAGUAUGAAAAGGCAAUCUGCAAUGCUGACCAUGGUAAAGUUGAAGUGCAGAUUGGGUACCGUUAAUUGCCCAGCAGGGGGAUGCUAUCCGUUGUAAACUAACCUUUUAUAUGUAUGAUAUUGCUGUAUGGAUCAGCUGGAUUUAUAUAAAAGUGGUUUCAUAACUAUUUUAGUGAUCUGAACGCUUUUA